AACGCGAAGUCGGCGAAUCGACAAUUAACCUUCCCGAGCGGGGACAAAGACCAGCGGUCGAGAUGUUUUCAUAUUCGUUCUUCGACAAGAGCCCUUCGUUUGCGAAAAGUCGGGCGUUGUAUUUCAAGGUGGUCGCAGGAGGUGCUUUCUUGAUUAUUUUGACGAUCAUGUCUAUGCUGCCUAUAUAUUGGGGGGCCCUAUGGAAGCCGAGCGUGCAACUGCACAAGAUACACGGGUGGAUUGUGGACUUUGAUGGGGACAUGAUUGGCCAAGCCGUCACGCAGGCAUUCACGAGUGCUACGGGACAAAAUACUCAAAUAUCCUGGAGAGUGGUCGACACGGCGCGAUUUCCGAACGGUCCGUCAGACGUCGCGUCGUCUGUAGUGGAUGAAAAGUGCUGGGUCGCAGUUGUCGUUAACGCGAAUGCCACGCGGAAUUUGCAGCAGGCAGUGUCGUCUCAAGAUGGUUCUUAUAACGGGACUCACGCCAUAACAGCCUAUGCGGAAGAAGCCAGAAACGAGAACGCAUAUCGGGCGUUUAUCUCGCCGAUAACGCAAGGCAUCCUUCAACAAGUUUCGAUUCGAUUCGCUCUCCAGUUUGCCCACCAACUCUCAAGUAGCGGCAGCGCGAACGUUACCGCCCUGGCUAGCGCCGCUCCUUCGGUCCUCGUGCAACCUGUCUCAUUCACUAUGGCUAAUAUUCGACCGUUCGAUGUGCCUGUAGCGCAAGCGGUAGACCUGGUCGGCUUGAUCUACCUGCUCAUUCUUUCGUUCAUUGCAUCCAUGAUCAACUUUGCUGCCCGGGAGACCGUUUCCGGCCUCGACCGACUCCUCACCUUGCGGUCCCUCAUACUCCUACGCCUCAUCUCGCCGAUAGUGAUGUACUUCCCCGUCUCCCUCUUCUACUCGCUCGUUAGCCUGGCGUUCCAGGUGCCCUUCACACGCGCCUUCGGCCACGCAGGGUUCUUCAUCUACUGGAUGCUGUCCUGGAUGUCGAUGUCAGCGCUUGGGCUUGCGUGCGAAGCGAUGCUCACCAUCCUCGGUCAGCGAUUCAUUGCGUUCUUCCUAUUUCCCUGGAUCAUAUCCAAUGUGUCCGUGUCGUCGCUCCCGAUUGAGGCUCUCCCCGGUAUCUUCCGGUACGGCUACGCGGCGCCCUUCUACAACGUCUCGCGCGCGGUGCGGACCAUCGUAUUUAAUACCAAGAACGAGGUCGGGUUGAAUUUCGGGGUGCAGUUCGCGUGGAUUGGCGUGUCGUUCGUGACCAUCACUCUCUUCCAGUAUUUGGCAAGGCGGAGGUUAGAGAAGCAGUUGAGAAAUAUGCCCGAUGAGCAGAACGUCGAGUCAGGCGAAGCAUCUGAAGUGAAGCAGAGGAAUGUAUGAAGGGAACGCAGAUUAGUGAUGACUUCUUACGACGGACAUGAAUGGUUAGAGGGCUAACGUAUCUGAGGUGAAUAGUGUUUAGGAUACAUUGGUGCGAAAGCACUCCUACUAGUAAUGUAACGUACAGCGGGGUUUCAGGACCAAGUCGAGUCUUUUCCGAAGCUGCCGAGAAGAACGAGUCUCCGGCCCUGCUUUCAUGGAAGAGAUGAUUCCCAG